AUGGAAGAAUUCAAUAAUGAUGGUUGCCCAAAAGCAGAAGAUAUCAAGCACGUAUUACGUGAUCGCGUAGCGCAGUUACCAGGCAGUCGUGACCGGAAGGGUAGACCAGUUAUUGUAUUUCCAUCACGUGAAAGCACAUCACCACUUAAUCCGGAUCACAUUCGUAAUAUUCUGCUCUAUCUUCAUGCUGUGACAGCUGAUGAAUUCAAAGAGCAUGGAUUCGUUAUUAUAAUUGAUAUGCGUAAAGGUACCACAUGGAAUAAUGUUAAACCUAUCCUCAAAUGCAUUCAGGAGCAUUUUCCGGCAAUUGUGCAUGUGGUACUGAUCAUAAAACCAGACAAUUUUUGGGAAAAGCAUAAAACAUCGGUGUCAACAAGUAAAUAUAAAUUUGAAGUUCAAAUGAUAUCUGUUGAUGGCUUAUUACGUUACAUUGAUCCAACACAGUUAACUAGAGAUCUUGGAGGGACGCUCUUCUAUGAUCAUGAUGAAUGGCUUGAAACAAGAUUGGAAUUGGAAAAAUUAAUAUGGCAAAUAAUCGAUGUAAUGCGGAAUUUUGAAACAUAUCGUCACGAAAUGAAAAAUGGUGAGAUGCCAAUAGACGUUGCAACUGCUGAACGAGCAACAGCCUCACAUCUCGCCCUCAAGAAGAAACUUGCCGUUCCUAUUGAAACGCUCAAACUUGAAGCUCAAAAGAUACAUAAGCGAAUAGUUGGAAGUGGCAGUUUGACACCUGAUGAUGGUUAUAAUUCAUCGAGUGCUUCUUCCAAUACGGUAACAAAUCCAGACCUUGCAGCAGCAUUACCUCACCUCAUAUCUCUUUGGGAAACACGAAGACAGAAAUUAGAUCAUUGCUAUCAGUUGAAGCUGUUUGAACAAGACGCUGAUAAGAUGUUCGAAUGGAUUCGUGUUCACUUCGCUUUAUUGGCGCAACGUUUCCUCGAAAUCGGUGACUCUGAACAAUCGACCAGUUUAUUGAUUUCGGAUCAACGCGAAUUCGCGAAUAACGCAAAUAAUGCGGAUAUAAAUGUAUCGCAUGUUAUGAGUGUUGCGAAACGUCUAUUAGAAGUGGGUAAUUAUGGUAAGAAUCAAAUUGAAAGUGUUGCAAUAAGGCUAGAAGAGGAUUGGCGUCGAUUCAAAGAUGCUAUUGAUCAACGUACUCUUCUCCUUGAUAAAGCACUUUCGUUUCAUCGUAAAUCGCACAUCUAUCUUUCGAACGUCCCAAUAUGGAUGCAUAAGAUAAAUGUUGAAUCGUGCAGCGGUGUAUCUGAUUGUACUGCCGAUGAAUUGGAAGCAACGAUUGCUGAACACGAACAUUUUGGUGAAUCGUUUAUUCAGACUUAUGCUGAGGCGAUUGAUGAAGGACGUUUAUUAACACAAUUGCUGAAAGCGUUGGGCGGUGAAGUGAUUGGCCAAAAUAAUUCCUACAAGCAUGUUGUCGAUAUUAUUCAGCAAGUUAUGUGCGCUCAUAAAGAACUGAAUGCACAAUGGCAACGAAGAAAAUUUCGAUUGCAUUCCCGACUGGCAUUGAUCGCUUUUGAAACGGAUACGCACCGCGUUCUACAAUGGCUGGAACAACACGGUGAUGCAUAUCUGAAUAAAAAUACUGCAAUUGGUGUGAAUUUAGCGCAGGCGAAGGUACUGCAACGUAAUCAUACUCAUUUUCGUUCGGUAGCAUCAAAUACGUAUUCGAAUGCGGAAAAAUUAUUUACAGCCUCAAAUACGAUCAUUGAAAUGGGAGAAGGUGAUGCGAAACAAAUGAAUGCAGUGGUGAACGAGUUACGACGUCGCAUUGAAUCAUUCUCAGAGAGGGUGGUGGAAAAACGACGUGAUUUAUUGAAUAAAUCAGUAUUAUUCCAUACACAUUAUAAUGAAAUAACUGAAUGGUAUACGAAAAUGGAUAGCAAAAGCGCGUUGUAUGAGCGUAUCUCAACAUCUGUGCAAGAAGGGGAGAAACGUAAAGAGCAGUGGAUGAGUGAAAGUGAUGGCACUGCGCAGGCAUAUGCAACAACAAUGAGCGAAGGACGUUUAUUGCUGAAAGCAUUAGAACAGCAAGCCCAAAUGAUGAGCAUUGAUAAUCAUGAGACGGUGAAUGUCAUUGAACGGCUUAUUGCAAAUAUUGAGCAGAGACAUUCGAAGUUAGUGGAACGAUGGCCAAGGCAACGGAAUACGUUACAGCUUGGUGUGAAAUUCGCUGUUUUCUUGCAAGAUUGCUCACAAAUUACUCAGCAAAUGAAGAAUUGGCAAGAUGAUAUGAUUGCACUGAUGAAUUCAGAAAAUUUUGAUACUCGUGCACAACAUAUUUUGCCAUAUCAAGAAGAUAAUGAGGCACAGGUCAAGAAUGCCGUUGUGGAGAUAAAGAAUAACGCUAGUGAAUUACUCCAGGCAGUGAAUGGCAGUGAGGUGAAUUUGGUUUGUACGGAUGGUGUAUCUGUUAGAAAAGUUAUAGCUGAUAGCAUAAGUCAGUUAUGUGCGUGUGAAACGGAAGUUAUGGAAGUGGCGACUCGUACAAGAUGGCGUAUUGAACAGUGUAUGGCGUUGAAUCGUGCUCGCGUCAAGGCAUCACAAGUUAUUAUAACCAUACAAAGAGAAGAACAAAAGCUGUUGAAAAUGAAUCUUAUUCCGUAUAAUUACGAAGAAGCAUUAGCUGCUCAAGUUGCACAUAAACAUUUUCAACAAACCAUCGAGAAUACGAAUCAUAUUGCAAGAGCAUUCGCCGAAAAGACAGAGCAGCUGCUGAAUAGUUAUGAUGCGAAUGCACGUGACAUAAACGAAUUGAAUGACAAUGUUAUGGGGCGAUUCAGGCGUUUAGUUGGUUUCGCUGAAGAACGUAACAAACUUAUCAAAGCGGCGAUCAGUUGCUACAAAACAUUCCAAAAAGGCGUUACACCAAUACUGGAUCAGUUAGAGAAAGAAUACAGCGCGGGAUCUGUUAAAGAUUGGUGUAUGCAAAAGAAUGGUGAAAGUGAUGCUGAACGAGCGCGCUAUAUCGCUGAAUUAUUAUCAAAACAUCGAGAUUAUAAGGAACGAUUCCUCAAGGGAUGUUCGUAUGCACAGAAAACUUCGGAGCUGUUUCUGAAAUACAUACGUCGAUGUGAAGCACCGGCAGAACAUGUGCAUGAGCAUGAGACUCGUAUAUUGGCUAGAAAAAGGGAUCUCCGUGAACGACAGCAAAAAAUUUUGGAUUUAUGGACACGUAAAAAGCAACAACUGGAUCGUUGUCAUCAAUCGGUCCUUUUAGAAGCCACCGCCAAACAAAAUUUGGAAUGGAUUAGCAGUGUUGGUGAGGCGUUCUUGAAUCGAUGCAGUGAACGUCAAAUACGAACUGCAACACAUGAACAGUUGGAUGCCUAUUUGGAAGAAUACACAACAUUCAAAGUUGAUGCAAAACAACAACGCGCAAAAGUUCGGACAAUGCUUCAUUUGGCCGAAGGAUUUCUGAAAGGAGCACAAGAUCAGUUGCAUACAAAUGAUGUUGAACGUUGGAUGCAUUCUGUUCGCACCAAAUUUGAACACUUCUCAGUACAUCUCGCUGAGUAUGAAACACUGUUAUUCACUAUGAUUGGACGAAAACCAGAAUUUUGUAAAGCGAAAGAUGAACUAUCCCUUGAUCGACAGAGCGAUUCAAGUUUAGAGGCCAAAAUUGAAGGCGAUCGCAAGAUAAGAGAACCGAUGAUGGAAUUGAUCAAAUCCGAGAAGGAUUAUAUUGAAGAUAUGCGCAAUUGUAUUUCAUAUUAUUUAAGUGCGUAUCGAAAUGCUGGUAAUUCAAUACCGGCAACUUUACGUAACAAAGAACGUGAAUUGUUCGGCAAUAUGGAGCAGUUGUAUAAAUUCCAUAGCGAAGUAUUUCUGCCAGAAUUAAUCAAAUACGAAAACGAUCCGGAAGAUGUUGGCUACUGUUUCAUUUUUUCGGUGGAGACGCUCAAUUCACUUUACAUAGAAUACUGUGUCAAUAUGGAACAGAAUAAUUAUUUGAUAACAUUGCCGGAGGCUGUGCAGUUUUUUUCGGAAAUUCGAGAAAAAAAUUCUUUAGAACACAACCAAAAUCUGCAGUCGUUUAUUAUUAAGCCAGUGCAGAGGAUAACACGUUAUCGCCUUAUGCUGGAGCAGUUAGUGAAAAACUGCAAAAAUAAUGUCGACGAAAUAAAGGAGGCAUAUGAUGUUGUCGUGAGUGUUCCUCGUCGAGCUAAUGAUCUUAUGCAUUUGGGUAAUUUCGAAGGUUAUCAGGAACUCGGUGUAUUAGGUGAUUUUGUUAUGCAAGAGUCAUUCGUUGUAUGGGAUCCGAAAGCGUAUUUCAAGAAAGGUCGUGAGCGUCAAGUGUUUCUGUUCGAAUUAUGUGUUGUGUUCGCGAAGAAAAUCGAACUUUCCACACGCGCUGUCAAAUAUGUUUACAAGAGUCGAUUAAUGUUGGGUGAAAUCAAUGUUUGUGAGCACGUAGAGGGUGAUCCGAGUAAAUUCGCAUUGCGGCAAGGUAGUGUUCCGAGCAGCGAAUUAAGAACUGAAUUAAAAGCUGCAAAUGAACAGUGCAAAGUACAUUGGGUGAAGAAAAUUCGAGAAUUAAUGCAGGGACUGAUGACUGCUAAUUUGGAUAUGCGACAUUUACCAGCGAAUAGCCGAACACGAGCAUCAGUUGUGUCAUCAAUAGAACGUAUUUCAAAAGACAGUGGUGGAAGCGAUCUACCGAGUAGUGCCGACUCGAUACGAAGCAUUGUUUCAUCGAGUGAAGAUCUCGACCGUGAAUCCUGCAUCAUAACCGUGCUUUAA